CGCGUCUCAUCGGUGCGAUUUGAAUGAAGAGCCCAUCAACUUGGACCACAUCUCAGAGGUGCGGAGCUCCGGUCUGGACACGGGCCAAACCCGUCUGAUGUCAAACCAGCCUGAACAGAUACUCUCAGACAUCUCGUUUCUUCACCUCAUUCCUGAGACGGGACUCUGCCCACUCCUUGUGUAAAGCAAUCUGAACCUGAUAGCACAGCAUCCGCGUAUCUCCCCUGAGAAUCUGCUCUGGACUAUUAAGACAGUCGCUCUUAACCUUUUCUUCAGAAGCGCUUUGCCACUGUGCAGAAUCCCAGCCAGCCAUGACUUUUACGAGCAAACCGUCUGUCCUCCGACUGUCUUGUAAUACAUUUUUAAAGCGAGUUUAACUCGGCGAUUCAACUUUCAGCUUCUGUUUUAUUAAUUUUUUCCUGUCAUCUGUGGAAAUGCUCCGUCCAGACCCAUAAAGAAACAGAGUUUGGUUAAUAUGCACUUAUUGCCAAGCGGAAUAUGUUUUUAUUUAUCUGUAGCAAUCUGCUGGCUCACAGCUGAGAUCGAUGCGUCCUGGUGGUACAUGGGCACCCUGGGCUCCCAGGUGAUGUGCGACAACAUCCCUGGACUGGUGAAUAAGCAGCGCCAGCUGUGCCGCCAGUACCCCAAAGUGAUGCAGGCCAUCGGGGCUGGGAUGAAGGACUGGAUCUCAGAGUGCCAGUACCAGUUCCGCAACCACCGCUGGAACUGCAACACCACAGCCAGGGACCACAAUCUGUUUGGACGUCUGCUGCUACGCAGUAGCCGUGAGGUGGCCUUUGUCUACGCUAUCUCCUCAGCUGGAGUGGUUUACACACUGGCCCAAGCCUGCAGCCAAGGUGAGUUGGAUUCUUGCUCCUGUGAUCCCACCAAGAAGGGCUCAUCACAGGAUGCCAAAGGCUCCUUCAACUGGGGAGGCUGUAGUGACCAUGUGGAGCAUGCCAUACGCUUCAGCCAAGCCUUCGUCGAUGCCAAGGAGAGGAAGGAGAGGGAUGCCCGUGCACUCAUGAACCUGCACAACAACAGAGCUGGCAGGAAGGCUGUGAAGCGCUUCAUGACACUGGAGUGUAAAUGUCAUGGUGUCAGUGGGUCAUGCAGCAUCAGGACCUGCUGGUUGGCCAUGGCUGACUUCCGCCGCACAGGUGACCAUCUACGGAAAAGGUACAACGGUGCCGUGCAGGUUGCAGUGAAUCAGUAUGGCACAGGCUUUACGGCCGCUCACACACACUUCAAACGUCCCAGCAAGAAUGACCUCGUCUACUUGGAGGACUCACCAGACUACUGCAUACGGGACCACGAGUCAGGGUCGAUGGGGACAGGUGGGCGGGUCUGCAACCGGACAUCCCGAGGUGUAGAUGGCUGCGAAGUGAUGUGCUGUGGCCGUGGCUACGACACGUCUCGCAUCAGCCGCACUACCAAGUGCGAGUGCAAGUUCCAGUGGUGCUGUGCAGUCCACUGCCGUGACUGCCACCAGCAGGUCGACGUGCACACCUGUAAGGGCCAGACGUGACCUCGCCACCACUAAACUUGACUGACGCCUCAUAUCGGGCAUCCAGAGUCCCCCCCGUUCCUCCUCAGCUCUACCUGAUGUCUUGUUACGACAAUCUAACUGAUAAUCUCGAGUCUGUCUUUAGUUCUGAGCCCUCUGAAGGUCUGUUAGGUUUUCAGACACUUUUUUCUUUUCCUCACCAAAAAAAUUCACAUCUUUUUCUUCUUUUGGAUGCUACGUGGAAAGAACUUCCAGACUCAGAGACAUUUAAAGCCUGACUGCUGAAUGUCUGUAGCUGUUACUUUGAGAAUGUAUCAGUCAAAUCAUGCUUCAGAUUCCUGCUGAACCAACACAAAAAAAUACUAUAGAGACUAACAGGCUAGCAUUUGAUCUGCUGGCUCCAGUUGUGAUGGUUUGGAGAUGAACUGUUGCUUAAACAGGCCCCAAGGACUGACCAAGUAUAUACUGAAAUAUAACUUAAAUUAUGUGUAAUAUCUUUUAUAGUUUUGUUGAAUCAACAUGCAUGGAGGUUUUUGGUCUGCUCCUGUGAAGCCUUCAACACCUCUAGUUUAACACAUAGCAGCUCUCCACACAGUUUAUCAGCUUGUUGUUUAGAUUUGUUCUCGUGGCACCUUACACUUGUCAGCAAACCAUUUACAACAUAAAGUACGACCAGCGUUCUUUUCCCCUGCGUGCUUUCAGUGUAAGCUGUUGUCACGCCAGUCUCAUUCAACAUAGCGUAUCACAAGCUUCUCUCUCGCUUUCUGUCUGCUCAUUAGAGGCUUUCUGCUCCAGAGGUACCACCAUAUGCACAGAACAUGGUCCUUCAGCUGUUUUCUCUCUCCAUCAUUAAAUCUCCUUACUUAGUAGAAAACAGCAGCUGGAAAAUGAGUGGACACUGUCAUUUGACUCAGAAACAGUGCAAAAUUAAUGCGGGCAGGACCUACAGCAAUUUCACUGAUGUCCUACAUUAGUGCCAUCUUCUCCAAGUCUUUUAAAAAGGCUAGAAGUAAACCAUAAUGUUGAUAACAGACAUAGCAUCUUACUGUAUUUAUGAGGAAAGUUUUACAUUUAUGACCUUAUAUGUUUAAGUAUCUACAGGGAUUCUGUUUGAAUGAUCAUUUUCUUUUGGGUGCUCCCUUUAGAAGUCCUAACAGAAGAUCAGCUCACCCUAACUCUAGCAUUCUCUUCUGCAACCAUAUCCUCCUUCACUACAUCCAUGAAUCUUCUCUGUGCUCCAUAGUCAACAUUCUUCAUCCAGUAUAUCCACCAUCUCUCCUCUGCCCAUGUCCAAACCAUCUCAACCCUGCCUCUCUAACUUUGUCUCCAAAAUGCUCAACCCUCUGAUAUAAUUGUUUAAUCCUGUUCAUCCUGGUCAUUCACAAUGGAAAAUAUUUCAACUCAACCUCAUUCAGUUUUACCUCCUUUCUUCUUAGUCCCACCAUCUCCAAACUGCAUCGUAGUAGGUCUCACUACCUCCUUGUAAGCUUGGGUGAUUUGUAUCCCUGUGUUACAAAUCACCCAACACUUAUCUCCACCCUGCCUGCACUCUCUUCUUUUGCACUCUAUUGCUUUGCAGGCUAUUUAAAGCAGCUUCACUGCUCUACCAGUUCCCUUCUCUUCCACACACUUGGAUUCUGUCUACUGACUUUCAUCCCUCUUCUCUCCAGCGCAUACCUCCACCUGUUCCCUACUUUCACUACAGAUCAGUGCCAUCUGUCAACCUCUCCAUCAUCACUGCAAACAAGAAAGGGUUCAGUCAAUCCCUGACCUUGAACCUAUCUGGCACUCUUACAGUCCUCCUACGUCCUUCACCAGCUUCACAUAAUCCUCUGACACUCCUCGUGCAGUACCACAGUGCCUCUCUUGGGCCCUUAUAUCCUUCUCUAGGUCCACAAAGACGCAGUGCUACUCCCUUCGACCUCUAUACCUCUGUCAACACUCUCAAAGCAAACAUAUUUGUAGUGCGCUCUCUCAGCAGAAUGCUGCUCACUCAUCAUUACCUCUCUUCAUAACUUAGCUUUAACAACUCUUUCCCAUUGCUUUGAGAUAUAAUUCAUCAGCUUUAUCCCUCUGUGUUACAGCUCUGCACAUCAGCCUUGUUCUGGAAAAUCACUAUAAGUAACUGGUCAUUAAGAUAGUCUAAGGGGUAUUGUAGUCAACAUCUUGUUAAAAUAAAUGCUUGAAAACAAUUAAAAUAUCUAGAACUAGAAAAAAAAAAUAACAAUCAGAAAUGCUUUUUCUUGUAGUUAAAAUGCGCAUUUUGUCAUUGUUCCUCAGAAAUGUGUUAAUAACUAGGACCUCUGUUUACAUUUCACUGUUAUUGUGCCUGCUACCAAUAUUAGAUUAAGGAGCAAUAUUCAAGCAGGACUCUGUGAAAUCAAACAUCAUCAGUGACAAACAGGAGAGGCGGCGGCCUGAGCAGUCAUUUUACACUGAGGAAUACAAGUAAAGCAAACUAGCAGCUGUUCUCACCAGUUGCUUCAUUAGAUGUAAUACAUGUCCUGUCUGUAAAUUGCACAUCAGCUGUGUAAGAUUAAAAUAUAAGCCUUACAACUGAACUCUACAGAAUAAAUGGUUUAAACUUACACUGUGUCCAGAUUUAAAGAGUCUCAUGAACAAAAACACAUGAAUAGUUUCUGAUUUCUCUGACUAGUGUUCUGUUAACUGGACAAACUUCUCAAGCAGCUUGUUUAGCUAGAUUAAUGCACCCUGGUGAUGAGGUCUGAGUCACAGUUCAUCAUUAAGAUGCAUUGCUUUGGCACCUUGUGGAAGCUGGUAAACAUCCAGACAUGCUUGAGCAUUGCUUAGGUCGUUUCUGUGGGAAGGAAAUCGCAGUGGAGACAAUCUGCAUAACUAAUGACGUCACCAACCCUAAGGGACCAGCAAAUCCUUGAAUGGUGCAAAUAUGCAGAACCAGUUCAGGACUGGGCACUGGGUUAGUGGGAAAGGACCUGAGUUGUUGACUUGUAUUCAGAGCUAUAUCUGGGAUGUCUAAGUCAGACAGCACAUGCAAGCUUGGUUAGCAAGCAGUUACUAUUAAACAUAUCACUUCACAAUACCUGCAACACAAACUUUUUACACCACACUGAAAGCCACAACAACUGUCUGAUAAUUCCAUCAAAACAGUCACCAACAGUGAGUGGACUGCAAAUGGAAGCAGGCUUGCACAACAGCUUAAGCUUCGCUGUUCAAAUGUAUCCCACAACUUUUAUAAACUAUAGAGAAAUAAAACUGUUUGUUGUACCAGGCUGUGAAUGUGUCUUCUAAUGCUGUUUAGUUGAGCAUUUUACCAUCAAACUCGAUGACGACGGACUUGCAAUAGGCUGACGUGGAGCUUCAGCAGUUGCAGGAACAACUUUUCCACUGUGGAGUGAGCUUUUAGUUUGAGAAUGAAAGCUCCAAAUAUG